GCGCUCGGUGAAAAAUGCUGGCGCGGGCAGCUCGCCCGGCGGCGCGACGAGCCGCGCUUGGGCCGUUGCGGCGUGUUGCGGGAUCGCAGAGGGCCAUGGCUGCGGGCUUCACCCCUCCCAAAUACCACACCGACUUUGCACCGGACCUCGUCGUGGAGGGCAUCCCCGACGACCCGCUCUCGCAGCCAAAGGUGUACGAGAAGGAGAUUUGGGACAACCCCGACAUGCUGCUGCGAGGCUGUGAGGGACCUCGCCAUUGCCUUCGCUCUCGCACGUUCGCCACGAUGUUUGGCGAGCGGAUGCGGCCGGUGGAUCCGCCGUUCGACCUCAAGCGAGAGCACGGGCUGCCAGAGGGAGACGACGACGACGAGGAGGAGGAGGACGACGAGUAG